GGAUGUCCCAUGGGCUUUACCAGCACAGGCUGAUCCAGACCUUCUGGGUGGGCUCUCAGCCCUGUGGCCUGGGUGCUGUGCCAGGGCACCCAUGUGUGAACCCUGUGUGCAGCCCCCAUGGAACAGAUAGGUCUGAGCACACGAGUGGGGUGUAACCAGGGCUAGGAGUGGAAAAACAAAUAGGGUGGAGCUGACAAGCCCCAGGGCUGGCAGCAUCACCUGGGGUAGGAGUGCUGCCCUCAGGGCAUGCCCACACUCCUCUGCCUGCAGAUCUGUGCCCUGCUCUUCGCCAGCCUCUACAUCCUCUGCCACUUCAUCAUAACCCACUUUAAGAAGCACACAGAUUUCACAGCAGUUCACGAUGACGAGGAUGCUGCUGUCAACAGGAUUGCGUUGGGGCUCUGUACCUUCACCCUGGCUGUGGCACUGGGUGCCGUUCUCCUCCUGCCCUUCUCCAUCAUCAGCAACGAGGUGCUGCUCUCCUUCCCCCAGAACUACUACAUCCAGUGGCUGAACGGGUCCCUCAUUCAUGGCCUCUGGAAUUUGGUCUUCCUCUUCUCCAAUAUGUCCCUGGUCUUCCUCAUGCCCUUUGCCUACUUCUUCACCGAGUCAGAAGGGUUUGCAGGGUCCAAGAAGGGCAUCAUGGCCAGGGUGUACGAGACGUCGGUGGUGCUGCUGCUGCUGACACUGCUGGUGCUGGGCAUGGUCUGGGUGGCCUCUGCCAUCGUGGGCAACAAUGCUGCCAGUCGCCAGUCACUCUAUGAUCUCUGGGAAUAUUAUCUGCCCUACCUCUACUCCUGCAUCUCGCUUUUCGGCGUCCUGCUUCUGCUGUUGUGCACCCCCUUUGGCCUCUCCACCAUGUUCACUGUCACUGGGAAGCUGCUGGUGAAACCCCGGCUCCUGGAAGACCUGGAUGAGCAGCUGAGCUGCACAAGGUUUGAAGAAGCCGCUGUGUCCCACAGGAUCCACUCUGGCAACGCUUCCUGCUGGCUGAAUCUGGACAUGGAGAUGCUGCGGGAGCAAUUCUUUGCCAUCCGGAGCAAGAGGAGGAAGCUGGAGCUGCGGCACCGAGCAUCGCCCUGGCAGAGGAACCUGGGCUACCCCCUGGCCAUGCUGGGCCUCCUGGCACUGACGGGCAUCUCUGUGCUCAUUGUCUGCUUCCAUGUCCUGGAGCUGCUGCUGGAUGAUGCCGCAAUGCCACGGGGCAUCCAGGACGCGUCCCUGGGCCAGGUUUCCUUCUCCAUCUUCGGUUCCUUUGGAGCUGCACUGCAGGUUGUCCUCAUUUUCUACCUAAUGGUCUCCUCUGUUGUGGGCUUCUACAGCUCGCCCCUGUUCACUCGCCUGCUGCCGGAGCGGCAGGACACCCCCCUCACCAAGAUCAUCGGGAACUGUGUGUCCUUGCUGGUGCUCAGCUCAGCGCUGCCCGUCUUCUCCAGGACGCUGGGGAUCACCCGUUUUGACCUCCUGGGGGAUUUUGGCCGCUUCAACUGGUUGGGGAAUUUCUACAUCGUCUUCCUCUACAACAUGGGCUUUGCUGGGCUCACCACGCUGUGCCUGGUGAAAAGGGUCUCCUGGGCCGUGCAGGCCGAGCUCAUCCGUGCCUUUGGUCUGCACAAGCUGCCGCUGCCCGUGACGCGCUGCCGGAGCCGCAGCAAGCCCUGCUAGGGCUGGGGGACAGGCACGUGUCCUCCCCACUGUGGUGGCCCGCAGGGUGGCUGCCAGCCACAGAGCUGGUCCUGACAGCUCCUGAUGCCUCAGGAACAUCAGAGCCCCUCAGGGAAAGCCGAGACACCUUUGGGGGUGUCCCCCCCUGCUCUGUCUCAGCGUGUUGUGCUACUGAGCCUUGGCUUUGAGCCACAAACCCCCAAGGGGUGCGGGGUCCCCCCGAGGCUGUGCUGGCUGCAGCCCCCACCCCCUGUUUACAUACCUCGUGCAAGGAUGGCCAGACCCCCCCUGACCCCCCCAGCUGCUCCCUGGGGUCUGGUUGAGUUUUAAAUGUCACCCCAUUGUCCUGACACUAUGGGAGGGGGUCCCGUGCUCCCUUGCCCAGAGUCACUCCACACUCCACCCCUGUGUCACUCCGGGGCUGCAGUGGGGCACUGGUUGUCCCCUGCCCACCCCGAGGCCUUUGGGGUCCCUAAUAAGGGGGCCUGGGGUGCAGGAGGCAAGCCCCCCCUCUCCGGCAGCUUGAUGUGAUGAGUAUGUCAGGUCUCUGUUACCAUGGAACUUCUUUGGAGAAAUAAAUAGUGACUGUUUUUUAUAUAAAA